CUGCAGCUGCAGGCGGCGGGCACCGACGGCCCGGGGGCGGCGGCCGCCGGCAGGGUGCACUUCGCCAGGACGUCGCGCCGCCUGCCGCAGGCGCUCAUCAUAGGCGUGCGCAAGUGCGGGACGCGCGCGCUGCUCGAGAUGCUGGCGUUGCACCCGCGCGUGCAGAAGGCGGCCGGCGAGGUGCACUUCUUCGACCGCGACGACAACUACCGGCGCGGCCUGGACUGGUACCGCCGCAAGAUGCCGCACUCGUUCCGCGGCCAGAUCACCAUCGAGAAGAGCCCCAGCUACUUCGUCACGCCCGAGGUGCCGGAGCGCAUCCGGGCGAUGAACGCGAGCGUCAAGCUGCUGGUGAUCGUGCGCGAGCCGGUGACGCGCGCCAUCUCCGACUACACGCAGCUGCGCAGCCACGCGGCCGCCACGGCCGCCACGGCGGGACAGCCGCCGCCGCCCGCGCGCUCCUUCGAGCAGCUGGCGCUGCGGCCCGACGGCUCCGUCAACGUCGCCUACCGACCGCUCGCCAUCUCGCUCUACCACACCUUCGUGCCGCGCUGGCUCGAGGUGUUCGACCGCGGCCAGAUCCUGGUGGUGAACGGCGACCAGCUGAUAGAGGACCCGGUGUCGCAGCUGCGGCGCAUCGAGCGCUUCCUGGGCCUGGAGCCGCGCAUCGGCCACCACAACUUCUACUUCAACCGCACCAAGGGCUUCUACUGCCUGCGCAACGAGACGGCCGACAAGUGCCUGCGCGACAGCAAGGGGCGCCGGCACCCGCGAGUCGACCCGCGGGUCGUCGCCAAGCUGCGGCGCUUCUUCAGCGAGCACAACCAGCGCUUCUACGAGCUCGUGGGCGAGGACCUGGGCUGGCCCGAGGAGUGAGCGCCGCCCGCCGCCAGCACCCGGCACUGCGCACGCGCCAGCGGCCCGCGGAGGCACCUGCGGGGCUCGAGCUGAGGCGGCCCUGCGCGACGGCAGUCACCGGGCGUUCCGGAGACAGCCGCGAGAAAGGAACGAACGUCGCCCCGGGCCGUGGACGAGGUUGUCGCCAUCUGGCAGUCGCGCGUAGAAUCUACCACUGCUGGACCCGCAGACUUUGGAAACACACAGCACGGUACCGACGGCCAGAUACUGAGCAACCGACAGCUGAGUGUUCAGGCGACAGCAGAGCGAGCUGAGUCUAUGCUACCAGUCGUACGGGAGACGUCGUUUUUCGUUUUGUACAUUCCUCCACACUCUUUAACCUUCAGUUACCACAGACUGUACAACAAGAAAGAGCCGAACAAUUCGCCACCGAUGCUUUACGUGGCUGCGGAACAGGUGUAAAAAGAACACUGCUAAAAAAAGUGUAAUAACUAUUAUAGUUUUGAGCCCUCAGGUUCAUGUGCUCACUGUUUUUAAGAAAAAAAAUUAAUUGUAAAGUUGCUUUCUUUCCUACGGUAGUCACCAAUUAGCGCGUUGAUUCGUUCACCAAAUGGCACCACGGAAUACGCGAUUAUUAGGUUUCCCAUGUUCUGUGAUGCAAUACCAAAGCAAUAAUACGUGCAGACUGCCACUGGAAAUUGUAAUGCGAAUUUAAUUCCCGCGUCUAUAGCUAAAAUUAAAACUUUAGGUAACAUCAGGCACGGCACAAAUGACACGGUGAAGUCUUACGAGUACUUGAGCUUUCUGUCGUACGCAUUGACUUUGAACGUGCUGCUGGAUUAUUCUAGGAAUGUUGUACUGUUUCUAAGAGUGUCAGAGAUGAAGGGGAAGAAACUGCCGGGGAAAAGCGGCCCCGUUUCUCCCCCUUCAAAAUUUUUCACUUCUUGGCGUUUGUUUCUCGCGUAAAGGUAGCUCAUUUCCGACUGCGACCAGAAGCGCGUAUUUGGUCGCCUGGUGAAGGUCGCCGGAACUAUCGGAAGGAAGACGAUGUGAGUCGGAUGGGUGGGUAGCAAGUAGGAGGGAAAGGCGGACGCAGCCGGGAUGCACCCCCGCCGGCGCCCCGGCUGCCUCCGCCGAGGGGGCAGUGGGGGAGGUGCCCCGCGUGCGUGGGCGUGGUACCAGGUUCUGCCGCCGCCCUGGCGUCGUUCGCCUCUGAUGGCUGCGCGUGACUACUCUGGAGACAGACGGUCUGGGGCGUGUCCCAGCUGACCGAGACACUCGCUCAGACUCGCGUACCGUUCCAUUCAAAGUGCCAUAGUCACACGUACCUCUGGAAAAAAAAAAAUGUUUGCGGAUCAUCACGAGAGGAAAUGAAACAUUAGUAUGGCACUACGUGCACAAGGAACUGUCGGCGAUUCCAAAGCUACUGCCCUGAGCGUCAAAAUGAAGCUGGAGAUAAAACGCCGUGCCGCUGAAGAUGACAACAUUGCGCAGAAACCUCAUAAACCUCACGUGAGAAGUUCUUCCGUCUGUCGGUCGGAAGCUGUGACCACCUCAUGUUCACAUCUAGUUUUUCAGACAACUGGCGUGAAAAAUGUUAAAAUUCGAAAACGAAGGUCGUCCGUCGCUCUAAUCCUCUUAACGGAAAACUGUCCUUCCUUUACAGACUUUUGUCACGAAUUCUGUAUUUCUUAAAUGUAUGCGCUUGCCGUGGCACACUAGAGGAACGAAGCAGCGACGAUGUCACUCUUCAACACAAAUUCCGUGCACCAUUUCGGGCAGAAAGUAAAAGUCACACCGGCACACCAGCCCAUAAACAGCACGGCUCUUGAAGUUAGUACAAAAUGUUUCGCAUAUCGCUAGUUCAGAGUCAAAACGUAAACGUGUUGCUUUGAACAUCACAAAACAUAUCGAAUCCUUCAGCUGAGAGUGCUUGUACCUGUACCAACUUCGUAGAUAGAUGUUUGGUCGGGAUAAUUGCUGACGUCUGCCGCUAAAUAAGUUGUUAACAGUUGUGACAAAGGAGGUGCUGCCGAAAUUUACGGGGAAAAUCACGCUAAUAAAACCCGUCGUACUCAUUCUCAAGCCGGACACGGUAAACCUUACGCGCUAGCAAUUACACAAGAGUGGGAAGCAUGGGAUGAUGGCGGCACGUAAUAGAAAUCUUAAUCGGAAAUCUUAAUCGCAAUCAAAUGAUACUCGUAAUCAAACGUUCUUUGUUGUAACAUUGGCAAUAACAUAACAUUGUUUGAAGUUGAGAGUUGGCAGCGAGGGCGGCGUCAGAGUGCAAAAGGCACCUAAUUCAAUGAUUUAUCAGUUCAACAGGGAGUAAAAAGAAAAGUGUGCCCGGUUUUGCUGAAGAAGGAAAUACAAAGUUUCGUUCGUAAGCUGUAGAUAGUUUGCGAGUGUAUUUAUGUUAUUCCCAUUUUUGUUGCAGAUCUGAUGAUGGUCAUUAAAGACCGAAACCGCUAAUCUGUUAACAAACGGUUUGUGACCAGAGACGUAAAUUAAAGGAAAUUUAUUACAUAUACGGGUCACUGUUUUUUCGCGACGAUGUCGCAGCUUGUGGUACAAAGUUGUCUCCGCAAAAGGAAUGUUUCGUUCACACGAAGCAAAACUUAAAACAAAGAAACCACAUAGUACGUGUAUGCGAGGAGAUUUUAUCGCUUCUAAUACAGUGACUGUCACGGUUACCCCACCACGAGAUGCGAUCGACAGCAAAGACGCUCGCCUUGCUGAGGUAAACUAUCACAAAAGUUUACACCCACCGAGACGCACGGCAAUCUGAAACGACAAACGGCUGUGACGAAGUCAAAGCAGUGACCUUCCGUUUCAGCCCUCGAUGCUUUUGUAAAAAUAGCAGUCAAACAGUGCUUCGAGACAGGACAUUGGAGAAAACAGACUAUUUUGCAAGACUCACCAACCUACCUUGAACACUGCCAGACAGCUCACAAAGUAGCACUCGAUACCGUUGUUUCUGAAUUAUCUUCGUUGGAAAAUAGCAGCAGAAAUCCUAAUUAUCCCAAAUUAGGACUAUAUUGGCCAUUACUCAACGUGAAUAUACAGUAUUUUGUAACCUACAGAUCUGCUGCUUAAUUCAGACAACAGAGUACUCAUGGAUGUAUUCGAACUAGUGAUAGUGACAGUACGAAGCCUACCCUAGUACAGCCCAACAGUUUUUAAAGCGAGUGUCCGACCUCAAAGUACAUCGGGAUGCAGCAGUCAAUUACUAUUUUAGAGCACGAGUUUGUUUACGUUUCCUCAUGACACGUUCGCAGCACAGAGCGCAGGUAGCUGUUGGAGAUACCAAACGACGACAGACCCACUCGCUGCCCCCGAUGCGAGUACCAGAGUGUCAUUUGUUUGGACGACAACUCCCAUAGGCAGGAACGGCGUCAGGAGUGUCACGUGACAGGCCAACAUGCGAGGUAGGGGCCCACGUGGCCGGGAACGCAACACGACAGCUCGGCGCAGCAGAACCUGGUCCCAACGUGUGGAUCAUAUUGGUCCAUGAUGAAGUACGGCUGUUAAUAUAAGAUACCAUAUUUUUUAUAGUCCAUAUUGGAAGCUGUUGAUAAGUAUAGGGUGCGCUGGCACGGGUCGUGGUUAGCAAUGGCCCAGCAGGCUCCGCCGAAUUCUCAGCCUUUGGUGGAAGCUCGCGUUUCCCCUGCCGCCGGAAAUUGUCACCGUGGGAAGGGCGUAGCAAGUGACGCUCCCCCGAGUCUAAAAUUUCCGCAACACCGCGGAACAAACCAGGUCACGAAAUUCCUGAAUUACGUUGAGGAACACUGCUUCUGGUUCAUUCCACUUCCUCAUAUAUCUCAAUACCUCGGACCCAAAGCCCCCCGACAACUGACUUCCGUUCAUUCAGUUAGCUUCCCCCUUACAGUUCUGUUCUUUUGGAGCUUUAUCAGAUGAUAUGCAAUCGAUUUCGCAAAACUUAUAUCCCAUCCCCUCUUAAAGGUGCGCAAGAUUGGGUUUAAUUCUUCCGAAAACGAUUGUACUUGCGUUAAUAUAAUUCCCAACGAACACACCUGGGCGGGCAAGAGAAUCGAAUAACCAGAAGUCACUUUUUACAGAAGAGUUACUUCCUUUCCAUUUUGAUAUGGAAUUGCAACUCUCCUCAACUGUUUGUAAUAUGUAUUCCAGUCCCCCACGAUUUCUCCUUUCUAGUGCUUCUUCUACUGCCCAGGUAAGUGACUGUAGUCGCCUUAACAUAUAUUCCCCACCAUGUAGUAACGAAUACCCAUUCUUUAGCAACACAUUUGAAAAAUUUUCAGUUCAUUUCCCUCUCCUUCCUACCGCAUAGUCAGAAAAUCGUCUUUAUUACUAGGCCAACGUGCAGGUUUCUCUUGUUGAAGAAAGCAUUCCUCCUCGCCUAUGCUACUUUCUGUCGUUGUUCUUCUGCUCGCUUUAGUGUUCGUACUUCUAUGGCAGUAUUGCACCCAAGAAUGAUAACUCGUUACUACAGUUGUACUUUUCAAUGCUUAUUUCUUCGUUUUGUUCACUUAAACUGCUAAGCAAGCUGUCGUUCAAUUCAAAACUAAUUAUUACUAUUUACUUACUUUGUGCCGGAGGAGAAUGUCAUCUGCAAACGUUAAUACUGAUAUCUGUUUCCACUUAUGGUUUCGCUCCUGUUCUGAAUUUCAGUUUGGCUUCCUUCACUGCCUGAUAUUUAAAUUGCUUAGAAUGUAGUUACGAAACAAUUAAAACCGUGACUUUUUAAUUCCAGUUCACCCUUUUCUACCUUCGGAUCGCCCUUCAUCACAAUUUUUUUUUUUUUUGAGAAGGUGCUGUGAAUCAUUCAGAGUUUCGUAAAAGUACGUCCAUGUACAGUAUUCAGCCUUCAUUUGGCCGUGGGUUUUCCUCCCUUUUUUUUAUAUAGCCCAAAAUACAGCUGUCUCCUCCUCAUUUGAACCUGUUACAUGAAUGUUAGACCGGCGAAGGUGUUCCACGUUCCAGCCGGCCGCGGUGGCCGUGCGGUUCUGGGCGCGUCAGCCCGGAACCGCGUAACUGCUACGGUCGCAGGUUCGAAUCCUGCUUCGGGCAUGGAUGUGUGUGACGUCCUUAGGUUAGUUAGGUUUAAGUAGUUCUAAGUUCUAGGGGACUGCUGACCUCAGAUGUUAAGUCCCAUAGUGCUCAGAGCCAUUUGAAUCCACGUUGCACAUUGAUGUUUACAAUUUUGACAGGUUACUCUAUAUUCUUGUGUUCAUCGUGAUAGAAAUAAGACACAGCGAAGUUAACUUGGAAUAAAUUAGACAGUCGCUUUAGGGAGUGCAUUCUAGCGCGCAACUAGGGUUUCUUCACAGUAGCGUGUUGGUUCUGAUCCUCUUUGUGGAUUGUGCUUAUUUCGUGAUCUUCUGGUCGCCUUUCUGUGGCCUGUUUUUGACAUUUGCCUUCAUCAGGAUAAGGUGCGCUGUACUUGAACGAUUUAUCAGUCUCCCAAUCUCACGUAUUCAUUCAGGAAGAACACAUGCUUCCCGAUAUUGCAUCGGGAAAUUAUAGCAAUAUCGUUUUAUUUUAAACAACCUUGGGUUGAAAAGAGAGCGUUUCAAAACGGAACUGCACGCUCCACCUUGAUUGCGGUCAGCUAACUGCUCAUCUCUCUGUGUUGUCACAGGAGACGAUCUUGGGUCACAUGGUGCCUUUGGUAGGUUCAUAUUUCAUCGCUAAUUUUAUUAAUAUGUGGAUAUCUUCACUUACAAUGGUACCUGAUAAAAACUUCAGUUCUAAUAUUCCUUGCCCUGUGUUAUCAUGUUUCUUAAAGUUUUUCUAACCUCGCUUCCAUAAAACAGAGCAGGUUUCGAUAUAAUGUGCAUUACGUUUAUAAAAUAUUUCCCACAAUGCCUAUGAAUGGAUAUAAUUAUUUUGAUGCAAUUCUGGAUAUUGUCUUCUACGCGAGCGUUUCACCCGUUAACAGACAUAUUGCAACCAAAAUAUUUAAAUGAAUUUGUGUGCUGUAUAACGUGCUUCUUUUCCAUUAUAUUAGCCCUCUUCACAUAUUUCCCUUACAUGAUCAUUGUUUUGAAUUUGCUAGUCGACAUGCUCUCUAACCUCGCUUCCAUAAAACAGAGCAGGUUUCGAUAUAAUGUGCAUUACGUUUAUAAAAUAUUUCCCACAAUGCCUAUGAAUGGAUAUAAUUAUUUUGAUGCAAUUCUGGAUAUUGUCUUCUACGCGAGCGUUUCACCCGUUAACAGACAUAUUGCAACCCAAAUAUUUAAAUGAAUUUGUGUGCUGUAUAACGUGCUUCUUUUCCAUUAUAUUAGCCCUCUUCACAUAUUUCCCUUACAUGAUCAUUGUUUUGAAUUUGCUGGUCGACAUGCUCACGUAAUACAUUCUUAGCAUUUUAUUCAUUCUGUCUUUUAAAACCACUAUUAGCACAUGAUCCCCUGCGAGUAAGUUUGUCGUAAUACCAUUCAAAUGCCCAAGUACAUUCCAUUUGUAUUCGGGUUCAUGUCUAUGUUCAUGUCAAAUAAUAAAGGAGACAGUCCACAGCCUUGUCUUAGUACUUGACUAACUGCUAGGGACUUUUGCAACUUAUGUUUCUAAAUACUCGCCCCUUUUUAUCAUAUUGGGAUGUAAUAAAUUGAAGUUAUUUUUGUUCUUUCAACAUUGCAGCAACAUUCAGGCUGUUUUAGUUUUAUUUCUAGACCAUGUCCUCUUAGACAAAUUAUAGAUUCAGGAAUAUCUUCUGAAGAAAGCUCAAUUAUUUGAGCUGAAACCUAGGUAAAGGUUGGUUUCAUUAGUGCAAUCGAGGCUGAUAGUUUUUUAUAAAUAAAAUUGAAGUUAAACCGAAUUACAUAAACUUUUUCUUUUAUAUACCACUGUAAUUUGCCUUACUGGGUCGUGAACGUUUUCAUAAUAUAAACAUAGCCUACAGACAGAAAGAUUGCAUUCUCUGUCUACUAUACGUUUUAAUUACACACAUUGCAUCUAUACACAUUCGUCUUUUAUACAGUUGCUCUGCGGCUUCAGCAGUAUCAUUGCAGCUAAAUAAUUGAUUCUUUUUUUUUUUCAAUUAUUUGGAGGUGUAUUUUCUGUGCGGAGUUCAGUCAUGGCUUCCCUUUGUAACUACUUCGGACGUUUUUGUCAUCUGUCCUGUGUGUGUUGAUUAUCUUUGCUUCUUUUCAUCUCUCUGUGGCCUUCCCACAGUUUCAUACGUAUUUCAUCUAUAACAACAAUUCUGUUCGUUUCUAGGUUCAAUAUUUGACACGUUUCGCAUUCAUGUUGUCGCACCCCAGAGCCUUCAUUGAUUUUUUUUCUCUCCAAAUCGUGCUUCAAAUUCUACUACGGGAAUGGUACGAUACUCGUCAAAGUCGACUGUAUCUGUUGUGCAAAGGUCUUCUAUGUUUCCCAACAGUUUUGUACACUGCGUCAGUUUCCUCGAAUGUCAAGUUUCUCAAGACCUAGAAGCAGAAUCUUAGGGACGCAGUAAUGUAAUGAUCCACUCUUUCUCCCCUAGGCUGAUUACAAACAGUUGAGGCGAGAGACUGCGGCUGCCGCUGCUGGGUAAGCGUGCUUCCAGCCCGGGCUGUUUGAGGCGUCCGCCCUGGGCCCCCGUCCCGUGCCACGCCAGCAAGGGAGGUGUCUCUGGGUGGGCCUCGAGGCUCGGAUGCGCCGCCACGUAGCCUGACCGCGCAGAAUCCUUCCACCAGUUUCACGGUGUUAACGACAGAGCUGACAGAGCGAGUCUCCCGCCGCUGCUGUUCGGUUCGUCGUAGACUAUAUAGUACAGUAUGUGUGUGUGUGUGCGCGCGCGCGUGAGUGUAUGUAGUUGCUCUCCAUUGUUGACGCUAGAGCCCCGAUAUUACGUCAAGUACGAUGAGUUAGAGACGCGCUCGUGCUGUGCAGGAGACAAACGAAAGCGGAGUUGACCCUCUGCCAGAUGGUUGUCGUUCUGAUACACAUACAUAUCACUCUUUUAUUUAAAUAUAUAUAUACAUACAUAUAUGUCUUCACAGAGCGUCUUGACGCCACUAUGCAAACCGAAUGGGCUGAGCAGAGAAUCUACAUGAGUGCAUCUCAGCUGUCGUGGCUUUGUUUCUCUAGCGCGGCUACGCUUUAUUAACUAUUUGUAAGAUAAGAUUCCGUAGCCAUUCAAUUUAUUUAGCUAUUUUAUUUACAUGUACAUCGCAAUUCGUUGCACUUUUCCCUGGCUACACGUCCUACCGCAAUAAUAAGUUUCAGAUUGAUAAUGAUGUAUUCUGCAGUCAGUGUAAACAAUGCUAGACUGCACUCUGAUAAUUCCUUGUAUGCUUGUCCACUGAAGCCAAAAUAUACUGUCUGGCAGAAAAUCAUACGUCUCUUGACUUUGAACAUGGCAGUUAGGUACAAUCGCCUUGGCUGUAGCCUCAAUAAACGACGCUUUUGUAUUUUAAAUAUAAUUCCUUGUUUACUUUAGCCUGUCGCAAAUACAUCAGCUACCGGUAAUUAAGGGAAGCAUGCAAUAAGUUCAGUUGUAUUACAGCAAGUCGUUUUAACCGUGAUGCACAAUUCUCAAAAUCGUUUGCUUACCGAGACGAAUAGUAUCGCAUAUUACAACCACUUCUUCUCCUACAUCCAAAAAUGUUUAAUUCUAAAUGAAACAUUCGCACGACGCAUCUACGUUAUGGCCCCUCUGCACGCAACCUCUCUCGCUUCAUCCAUUUCUCCAAUUACGUUUGCCAGUUUAAAUGUUAAUAGACUUUUUCACCGUAAAUACGAAAAUAAUGUAACUGUCAGAUAAUUAUUUACGCGUAAGUUCCAUGCCAGUAUUGCUAGCAGAUCUUUACGUAUUCGUAAAUGUUCCUGGAACCUGAACUUCAUAAUCAUCUAGUUAUCGCCAUGAGCACUUUACGGCUUAGUAGUUUUGAGCAGAUGUGGGAUAUUAAACUAAAAGAAAUAUGAGUGACAGUUAUAAAUCUACACGUGAAACGCAGGUUGUGAUGAUAUCCUGAGAGAAUGCUGGCACUAUUGGCGCCAGUUUAGCGUAAAUUUAUAUCCUAAAUCUAUUCUGUCGUUGAAACACGAUUAAUCUUGACGAGAGCUUUAAAUUAUUGUUCCGACCAUUUACCUCCUUAACCUAGAACGUAAGUUCCGGCGCUGACCACAGAGGUAACUGAUUUUCCCGCACAAUUUCCUCGACCCAGUACUUAGCUUAAGGAACACCAACAACGUGCCUGAGUGUUGCGAGAGAUUGCGCAUGUUGUGUGUGAGUGAGAAGCCGCGUCAGCGGCGAGUGUGCCAAGAUGAUUGAUUAAGAGAUGUGCAGUGAAAACUAUGUUAUUUUUGAUAGAUUUAAUUCCGUUAACAGUGUUUUAUAUGAUAAAAAUAUAUACUAUUGUUUUCAUGUAACAUCAUUAAAUAUAUAAUCAAGUAACUGGAAAA